CGAAGAGGAGGCCGAUGAUCCCAGCGAGAGGAGGGAGGGCUCCCGUUCAGCACGGUCUAGGAGGGAGGGGAAACUCCUCGUCACUGGCCCCAGCCCUGGCCGGGGAGGCAUUCAGUGAAUCCACAUUUAUUAAGCGCCUACUGUGUGCUCUGCACUAUGCCAAGCCUUGGGGCUGUAGUUGUCUUCGCUGGCCCUUUAGACUUGGGCUCCUCAUUAACACUCCACCCUCUCAUGGCUACCCACGCAGCCCCUUUCGUAUCAAAGAAGACAAAAAUAGUGAGUGAAUAAAGGGCCCCAAAGCAUGGAGCCGCAGGUUAAUCUAAAUGUGACUUUUAAAAAUGAAACACAAAGCUUCCUGGUUUCAGACUCAGAAAAUACAACCUGGGCUGAUGUAGAAGCAAUGGUAAAAGUUUCAUUUGAUCUGAACACCAUUCAGAUAAAAUACCUGGAUGAGGAUAGUGAAGAGGUCUCCAUCAAUAGCCAAGGAGAAUAUGAAGAAGCCCUUAAGAUUGCAGUUAAACAGGGGAACCAACUGCAGAUGAAUGUCUAUGAAAGGCAUCACACUGUAGAUGAAGCCCCACAGCCUGGUUACAAGCAUCCGCAGGAUCCAUCUGGGACUGAAAAACGGUCAGCUGUCCGGGCGGGGAAGAAGCCACUUGCACAUUACUCUUCGUUGGUGAGAGUCCUGGGAUCAGAGAUGAAAACACAAGAGGAAGUCACAGCACAGCUUUCACUCACUCCCUGUGAAGCUGACAAACCUCAAGAUAAGCCACCAGACUGGUUUACAAGGUACUUGGAGACGUUUAGAGAGCAAGUGGUUAAAGAAACGGUUGAGAAGCUUGAUGAGAAAUUAAGGGAGAAGCUGAUCCUCCAGAGUCCAUCUUUGGAAUCCUGCUCCUCAGCAUUAUCUAUGCCUGUUUCAGAAGAAGCACUAUCGUUGCCAGGAAACCAGUGUGACUGGCUUAUGACGUGCAGCAACUGCCAAAGAAGAAUCAUCGGCAUACGUUACCAGUGUAGCCUAUGUCCAUCUUAUAAUAUAUGUGAAUUGUGUGAAGCAGGGUCGUAUGCCCAUGACCCUAACCAUAUUCUCUUGAAGCUACGGAGACCAAUUAUGGGUUCCUCUGAAACAUAUACUCACACAAAGCUCUCCCCUCCUCGUCUACCAGCUGCUUUGGAGCAAGUUAGGCUCCAGAAGCAGAUGGACAAGAACUUUCUUAAGGCAGAAAAGCAAAGGUUGCGAGCUGAGAAGAAACAGAGAAAGGCAGAAGUUAAGGAACUUAAGAAGCAACUUAAGCUUCAUAGGAAGAUUCAUCUGUGGAACUCUAUCCAUGGGCUGCAGAGCCCCAAAUCGCCCCUUGGUAGGCCAGAGAGCCUCCUUCACUCAAGCACACUAAUGCUCCCCAUGCAACCUUGUGCCCCAGUUGUGCCAACUCUGAGUGCAGCAUUUGUGGAUGAGAAUGUGCCAGAUGGGACCCACCUUCAACCAGGAACCAAAUUUAUCAAACACUGGAGGAUGAAAAAUACAGGAAAUGUCAAAUGGAGUGCAGAAACGAAGCUAAAAUUCAUGUGGGGAAACCUAACUUUGGCUUCUACUGAGAGGAAAGAUGUUUUGGUGCCCUAUUUAAAGGCCGGACAUGUGGGAAUUGUGUCAGUUGAGUUCAUAGCUCCAGCCUUGGAGGGAACCUAUACCUCACACUGGCGCCUUUCUCACAAGGGGGAGCAGUUUGGGCCCAGGGUCUGGUGCAGCAUCAUUGUGGACCCUUUCCCUACUAGAGAAAAUCUUGAAGACAGUGAAAAAGUCUCCUUCAGGACAAACAAAGUUGAUGGUCUCUCCUGUCAGCAAGAGGAAGCUUUCUCACUUGCUAAAGAGGAAAUUCCGAUUGAUGAAGUGACUGAGUCAACAGAGGGAACAGAAAUUUGCAUCCCUCGAAAGGUCAAAAACGUUUCUAGUGAAAGGGAGCUCUACAUCCCAUCCGUCGAUCUCCUCACUGCCCAGGAUCUGCUGUCAUUUGAAUUGUUGGACAUAAACAUUGUUCAAGAGCUAGAGCGAGUGCCCCACAACACCCCAGUGGAUAUGACCCCCUGCAUGUCUCCUCUACCACAUGACAGCCCUUUGAUAGAGAAACCAGGUUUGGGGCAGAUACAAGAGGAAAGUGAAGGGACAGGAUUUAAAGUGCUUCCUGAUUCUACGUUGGCAUCAAAGAAUAAGGCUGAUAGCACAGUUCCUGCAGAAGAGGGUGAAGAAGACCUGAGUGGCACCCAGUUUGUCUGUGAAACCGUAAUCCGUUCCCUUACUCUGGAUGCUGCCCCUGACCAUAAUCCACCUCGAAGACCUAAGUCCCUGCAGAGCUCUCUGCAUAUGCUGCCUGACAGCUUCAGUUACGGGAUCAGGAGUGAAGAAGCUGUCCGAACUCCAUUCUCUCCUUUGGAAGGAGAGUCACAGCCCCAGCUCACUGCGGAGAGGCAGCUAGUCCAGUUAGAUGGCUUCAGCAAAGAGAUAUCCCCAUCAAAUUCCAUUCUUCCUGAGGAGAGACUGGUGAGUGAUGAAAAAAAGGACACUGUCCAGGAAGAAGAGGAGGAGGAGGAAGAGGAGAAAGAGGAGGAGGAACUUAAAGAUGAAGUCCGAAGUCAAGGCUCUUCUGCUUCUUCUGAGGAUUACAUCAUCAUCUUGCCUGAGUGCUUCGAUACAAGCCGCCCCCUGGGGGAGUCCAUGUAUAGUUCUGCUCUUUCACAGCCAGGCCUGGAGCGGCUCAUGGAGAUAGAGCAGGUGGUCAAGGAUGAGCAAGAACCAGCUGAGGCUUAUGAAGGGCUCCCUGGAGAGGAAAACCAGCUGCAAGUGCACAGUAUCAAUGAUAUCUUGACAACAUCACAGACUCUGGAUGCAGUGCUUCUGACUCCAGAAGUAGUGGGGCCUCCACAACAGCCGCCCAGGUAUCAUUUGCCUCUCCCAGGACUCAGCUGGAUGCUGGGAGAGAGUCCUUCAUCUCUUCAGAAUGUUAAUUCUGCAGAAACAGACUUUCCAGUUACCAUUCAAGAAUUUUCUCCAGUUCCUGAUCAAGUAAGAGGAGAACUAAGGGCUUCAGCAGGACUUGUAAAUGGUAGACAAAACAGCUAUGAAAACUCAAGGUACUACCAUGGGAAUAGCAUUACUGGAGGGCUGGUGAAGGGUGCUAUGUCUUUUGCUGCCUCUGCCUACAAGGCCCUAUUUGCAGGGCCACCAGUCACUGCUCAGCCUAUAGUUUCUGAAGAUCAGACGGCAGCCCUGAUGGCCCAUCUCUUUGAAAUGGGGUUCUGCGAUAGGCAGCUGAACCUGAGGUUAUUGAAGAAGCACAACCAUAACAUCCUGCAGGUUGUGACUGAAUUACUGCAGAUCAACAACAAUGACUGGUACACUCACCGAUACUGAGGAGCUGCCUUCGACUUGAGGGAACUGUUGUAUUAAAUAACUCAGCCUGCUGCUCAGAGAUGACUUUAUUCUGUUAUUGGGGUGUGGGGUAGAAGGACUUUGCUUCUUUAUUUUUUAACCCAAAGAGUCUGAUAUGUAGUUCAUCAUUGCAACUUCAUCAUCUGCGUCACAGUAUUCUUUGGAUCCAAUCAAAGACCAGAACUUAAAUUUUUACUUUAGACUGGAUUAGUAGGAAGACAAUUUAAAAAUUGAUUUGGAGUAAUGACUCUAUCUUUCCCCACUAUUUCUCCCUGUUAGAGAGCAUUGAAGACAAUGGUUUGAACUUUAUUUAGAAUUAACGUUCUCUUUGUAUUGAAGUUGAGUACGUUUUUCUGGUUUUGCUAUUUUUGUCUGGUUGGUUUUGAUGUGUUGUUUAAUAUGAAAGCCCUUGAAAAGAGAAGAUGCUAUUAAGUUAAUCUCAUAGCUCCUUUAACUUUCUCAGGGUAGCCUCACUCCUGGGUGUCGAGGUGACACCUAAGCCUAAUACUGCUACUACCACACAAAGUAUACUUGGUGAAGAAAGUCACUUCCUUGCACAGAUAGCUGUCAUUGGAAAAUCUGUUUUCCAAAGAUUCCCAGUAACAUUAAAGAAUAACCACCCUCUUCAUUCCUGGAUUUCAGUGGUGUUAGGAGGUAGGAGGAGUUAACUCACCAGCACCUACUGAGCAGCAUCAAGUUGUAGUCAUUUUAUGUACUUUUUUUCUUUAAGGAAAAUUUUUUUAAGAAAAAUAGGUAGUAUAAAAUAUUUUGCUAAUAUAACUAGAGGAUAUUGGGGAGGUCAAUUUUAAUGAAUACCUUUUCCCCCUAAGUAAUGAUGAUGGAGAGAUCCUCUUAUUUUGCAAGAGUACGGAAAAAUAGGAAUAUUUUUAAAAGAGAGAGGCAGGGUCAUAUAUUAAUUCCAAUAGAGUUUAAGAUCGGUAAAUGAGAGUAUUGGGGCACAGGAGUGCUUUUCUUUUAGCAGAAACUGGUCAGAAGUAGCAUGGGGCCCUCUCUCUAUUCUUAAUUGGGCGGGUAAAAUAUGGAGAAAGGAUGGUGUACAAGUGGAUUUUGAGGAGUGCCCUGGGACGGGUACAGUGAUGCAAUCUGUUCAGGGUGUGAAAGUAGUGGAAAGGUUUGGAUUUUACCCCCUUUUGUGUAGAGGGAAAGUGUUUGGAUUCCAGCUAGUCUUGGGUGUGGUCUGAGAAGGGAGAAGGAGGGUGCAAUCUUUUAGAAACGUUACUGAAAUAUUCAUAAUGAGGAGAAAGAAGAGUCUGGCCUCUGGCGGGGGUAUUUGAUUGGAGAAGGGAGGGAUGGGUUGUUAAAUAGUGUUAUUUACCUGGUUGGUAUUUAUAAUUAACAGGAUGAUUAUAAUCAAUCAUUAGCCAUGAAUAAGGAAAAAUUAUUUACAGUAUAACCCAGAAUGCUAUUAAAUAAAGCCGUGGGGUGCAGAUUGUCUGGCCAGGAAGCCUGUUUUCUUAUUUAAAACGUAUUUUUAUAGGGGCUCCUAGGCAGAGGGAAGACGAUCCGGGCACCUGGGACUUAGUUUGCUGAAGGGGCCCUUUGAGCAACUCAGCCCCAAGUGGGCUUUACGGUGGGGGUUGCAGGUGGCGCCUCGGGGCUGGACCACACAUCUCUCUGCAGCUGUAAUGCAACCUGUUGUUGAAACAGUCUAAUAAAGGUCGCUUAAACUCA